AUGAGAAUAAGUGGGAAAUGGAGAUGUUUUUUGAUGGUUUUAUUAUUAGGGUUUUCAUCAUCAUCAUCAGAUGUUUGUUUAGGUAAUAAUAGGAGUAAUAUUAGUUUGUGUAAUUUGUACGAAGGGAAUUGGGUUUUGGAUGACUCAUAUCCUCUCUAUGACUCUAUGAAUUGUCCAUUCAUUUUCAAAAGAUUUGAUUGCCAAAACAAUGGUCGACCUGAUAAUCUCUACCUCAAGUACAGAUGGAACCCUACCCACUGUCAUUUGCCAAGAGCUAGUGGAAUGGAUUUCUUGAAGUUAUUAAAAGGGAAGAAGAUCUUGUUCAUUGGAGACUCAAUAACUCUCAACCAUUGGGAAUCCUUUAUGUGCUUGCUUCAUGGUGAUGCCCCUAAUUCUACUAUAACUCCACUAAAUAAUCACACAUUUUCUAGUGGUCUCUUAUUUAAGGAUUACGAUGUUCAAGUAUUGAGAUUGAAUUCUCAUUACUUAGUAGACAUUGAAGAGGAAAAGAAUGUGGGCAGUGUUUUGAAACUCAAUUCCUUGAAAAUGGGAAAUCUAUGGAACCAAAUGGAUGUUCUUGUCUUCAAUUCUUGGCUUUGGUGGACUAGAAUAGGAACACCUACCCAACCAUUUGAUUAUAUUGAAGAUGGUGAGAAAAUAGUUAAAAGCAUGGACCCAAUAGAUGCAUAUAGAAAGGGUUUAACAACAUGGGCAAAUUGGGUUGACUCAUUUGUGAACACAACCAAGACCAAAGUCAUAUUUCAAGCAAUGAGUCCAUCUCAUUACAAUGGCAAGGAGUGGAAUAAAAGUGAGGAGACAAAUUGUGUAGGAGAGACAAAGCCUAUAAUGACUAGUAAUGGAUCAGUGUACCCUAACCCUAGCAGGGAUUCUUCACCAUCAUCGGUUGUGUUGAAACAAGUGUUGAACCAAAUGAAGAAGCCAGUUCAUUUGCUUGACAUUACACAUUUGUCAAAGCUUAGAAUAGAUGGACAUCCUGGUUUCUACAACACUUUUGGGGUCAUAGACUGCAAACAUUGGUGCAUUGCUGGAGUUCAAGACACUUGGAAUCAACUUCUCUAUGCAACUCUCAACCAAUCAUCUAAUUAA